AUGAGCGGUGGCGCGAGGAGGGUCCUGGAGGCGUGGAGGCUCGGGGUGGUCAGGUACGGAGACGCGCUCCAGCUCCAGGAGCGACUGGUCGCGGACCGCAAGGCCGGCCGCGUCGGCGACCUCGUGUUGUCGCUGCAACACCCGCCGACGUACACCCUCGGCAAGCGGAGCGAGAAGGCCGAGCGCAAUCUACUGGCGCCGGAGCACGAGCUGCGCACCCUCGGAGCCGAGCUCCACCGCACGGAAAGGGGCGGCGACGUCACCUUCCACGGGCCGCGGCAGGCCGUGCUGUAUCCGAUCCUCUCGCUCCGCGCCCUCGGGCUCGGCGCGCGGAGGUACGUCGAGGGGCUUGAGUCCACGAUGAUCGAGGUGGCUGCGCUCCACGGCGUCUCCGCGCGGCCGGGGGAUCCGGGGGAGACCGGCGUGUGGGUCGGGGACCGGAAGAUCGGCGCUAUCGGGGUCAGGAUCUCGUCCGGGUUCACGUGGCACGGGCUCGCCUUCAACAUCGACCCCGAUCUGGGGUACUUCGAGCACAUCGUGCCCUGCGGCAUCGCAGGCAAGGAGGUCACCUCGCUGCAGAGGGAGGUGGGGGACUGGGUGGAGCUCCCGGCCGACGAGGUAAUCCAUGACCAGCUCGUGCGGUGCUUGGCGAGGGCAUUGGGGUUCACCGACGUUGAAUUCAAGGAUGAUUCCGGAGACAUGAUUCGUUCGGCUGCAAUUGUACAAUCCUGAUUCGUGGUUCAAUCUGUACACUUGGCGUUCUUCAGAAUGUCCUCUCAUCAAAUUUUGGAAGUACGAUCUGGAAUUUACCCGGCUCUCGUUUAAAUCCAAAUUUUUACUACCUCCGCUUGUUUUUACAUGUCACCACUUUU